AUGACUAUCCUUGCUGCCCUCUCCACCCUUGCCAACCCAACCAAGCUUGCCAACAACGCCCGUCUUAGCUCUAACUCUGGCUUUGCUUCUGCCCAAGGCUCAAACUCAACUGCUAGCCUUUUGGAUAUCCUUUCGGGUCUUAAUUCCAAGACUGCUACCAAUGUCAAUGCUAACAUUCCAGGUGUAGCCACUGCCAAUCUCACAGCCACAACUGACUUUUCAGCUCAAUAA